GGCAACGGGCGGACAUGUCUCUAUCAUCCACACAGAGCUCCAGCACGAGCAGCCGGAGGAGGAGGCCGCCUGAGCAUACGCAAGAUCCUUCAUGGGAGCAUGAUCCUCAGGCAGAUUACAAUCAUGAACCGAUCCUUGACCGAGGUGAACGACUUAAUUCAGCAGACACAUGCAGUCCGCCAACACAUCAAUCCAUAUGUCCCACACUUUGCACAACAAAGUGCAUACCUACACACACGUGUUCGAGCCAUAAUGCUUGUGAUGACAGCUGGGAGGAGAUUCAAAGCAAGAGAACCAUCAGAGCAGAGAACGAAGUGGAAGCCAACAAAGUGGUCAACAACUACAGGUUUGGUUUCAGAAAAUGGAAGAGCCAUGUGACAGAGCGUCCGUUUGAAGACAGGUCAGAGGUUGUGAAAGAGCUCUACUCUGAACUGAAUGUCAUUAAGCCACAUUCAGGUCCAGGUCAUCUCAUCACAUGUGGAAAUGUAGCAUAUGUGUUUCUCUUUGGCUGGUGGGUGUCCCUGGUGUAUUUCCUGGUCAGCAUACUUAUGCUCAUCACUAUCACUGGUGUACCGUACGGCAAGCUUUGCUGGAAGUUGUCUUGCUACUUCCUGUGGCCAUUCGGCAAGUCAAUCCACGAGAUCGGAAACACAUUGAGGAGAUGUUGUGAGCAAGCACCAGACUGUGAGUGCAACAUAGAUGGGGUGGACGAUAACUCACCAGUUCUGCUGCCUUCACCCACAGAGGUGCCAAUUGAAGAGUUGCCAAGACGACCUGCGCACACUCCCUUCUGGCAUCGUUUAUCCACCUACAUGUGGCUGCUACUGGGAUACCCUCCUCUGGUGGUCAUUCAUUCCCUGGCCUGCUUCUUCUCCUGGAUCCUGGUCUUCACCAUCCCUGUUUCCAAGAUGAACGCACGGACCAUGGCCGUCAUUCUUCUCUUGCCUCCUGAGGAUGUUUCUGUUUCCUCCUGCUCACAGAGGAAGCAUCAAGGCUAUGAGACCAGAGCGCUGCUGUGCUGCUACCAUGCUGUAAACUGGUACUACUACAAGUACACCGUUGAUGGGAUCAAUGUGUUCGCUGUUAACCUCCUCCCUCUAGUAAUAGUUGCCAUAGUAAUUGGAUAUAUUGAUAGAGAAAAUCACUAUGCCAGCUCUGAUGUCAAGUUCGCCAUAGCAACAGGCUCCAUCAUACCUCUGUCUUAUUACAUUGGUAUGGGCAUUGCCAGUAUCUCAGCCCAGAGUAACUUUGCUGUGGGGGCAGUGGUGAACGCUACCUUCGGCUCCAUCACAGAAUUGACCUUCUACAUCACAGCCUUGAUCAGAGGUCACCACGCAGCCAACCCUUGUCUGCAGGAGAUUGUUAAAGCAGCGCUGACUGGCACGCUGCUCGGAUGCAUCCUCUUCAUUCCUGGCAUCUGCAUGAUAAUCGGCGGGCUGAGACACAGUGAGCAAAGAUUCAACAGUCGCUCUACAGGAGUGAGCUCUGCUUUGCUUUUCAUCUCUGUAGGAGGUGUAUUUGCCCCAACGUUGUUCUCCAAGGCCUAUGGGAACCUAGUGUGUGAGGCCUGCACCAACUCCACUGGAGGAAACAGCACGAGCAACAGCAGCGGACCGUUUGUCUGCCACAACUGCCACUACGAUCUGAACAAUGGCACACUCUUCCACAGCCAUGUCGAGCCGUUGGUGUACACAGUGUCCACCCUCCUGCCAGUUGCCUACAUCAUUGGUCUGAUAUUCACACUGAAGACACACUCCCACAUUUACAACAUCCAUGUUGAAGAAGGACAGGGUAUGAAUCAUUCUGGUGGUCACAUGACUGGCCACCAUGGUGCAGUGGUCCACUGGUCACGGUGGAGGUCUCUGGUCAUCCUCAUCAUGGCCACUGUGCUCACGUCCGCCUGUGCUGAUCUUGUCACCGAGCACAUCCAGCCCAUACUAAACCAACCCAGCAUCUCUCAGUAUUUCAUUGGGGUGACAGUUCUUGCUAUGGUUCCUGAGAUCCCAGAGAUUGUUAAUGGGAUCCAGUUUGCACUCCAAAACAACAUCAGUCUCAGCUUGGAGGUGGGGGGCUGUAUUGCUGUGCAGGUCUGCAUGCUACAGAUUCCAAUACUGGUCUUAUUUAAUGCUUUCUAUGAUGUGGGAUUUGUGCUGCUAUUCAGUGACUUGCACCUGUGGGCCAGCAUUUUCAGUGUGAUUGUAGUCAACUACAUCUUCAUGGACGGCAAGUCUGAUUAUUUUCAGGGUACGGCUCUGGUGGUUGUCUACCUUAUCCUGCUGGCUCUGUAUUUCUUCGCUCCAUCUCCAGCAGGCUGUUGAAUGUGGAUCAGCGGUUUUCCAAUUUCUAAGCCUGGAAGAAACUGAACGUGCAAAUUCAAAACCACUCCCUCUUGGUGAUAUUAUAUCCUGAAUGGAUUAUGACUGAAUGAUCACGUAGGACUUUUAUUUUAUUUAUUUGUUUUGUAUGUUGUAUCCUGAAUUACACAACUGAUGAAACUGAACAUUUUAAUCUCAGGUAGGUACUUUUUGACUGCAUAUUACUCCUAAUACUGAAAACAGUUCAGUAGGUAAGCUAACAUACGUGACUACUUAUGCUCUAAACUGUGGUGACUGAGAGAGAAGCAGUAUUUUUAUAAUACAAAUGGAUAUUAUGAUAUAAAGACACUGCAAUAAUGGUAUUUUGUUGAAGGUACUGUUGUGAUACAUUUGUACACUUUAACUCCAAUGUAAAACUGGUACAUGUCUAUUAGAGUUAAUUGGGGUUUUUUUAUGGUUGAAAAAGUGGCAUGGCUGGCUAUGCAUUGCAAGAACAAUAAUAUCUCGCAAUACAACAUUCUGAAAAACCG